UUCUGUAUUUGCCAAUGACUACCCAACAUUCUUCCGUAAACAUCAAAAGCCAAAAAUACCCACACACCACUACAGCACUGCUUCCACUGUCCCCCGAAGAAAUGGCGGAAACAAUCGUCCGAUUCGGAAUCAUAGGCUGCGCCGAGAUAGCCCGCAAGGUCUCGCGCGCCAUCUUGCUUGCUCCCAACGCCGCAGUCACGGCCAUCGGCAGCCGCUCGCUCGACAAGGCCACGCGGUUCGCGUCCGCCAACAACUUCCCCCCCGACGCCAAGAUCUACGGCUCCUACGAGGCCGUCCUUGACGACCCGAAUGUCGACGCCGUCUACCUGCCCCUUCCCACCAGCCUGCACAUACACUGGGCCGUCCUUGCCGCCCAGAAGAAGAAGCACGUGCUGCUCGAGAAGCCCGUCGCCCUCAGUGCCGCCGAGUUCGACAUCAUCAUCGUGGCCUGCGAGUCCAAUGGGGUGCAGUUCAUGGACGGCACCAUGUGGAUGCACCAUCCCAGGACCGCCAAGAUGAGGGAGUUCCUCUCCGAUAAACAGCAUUUCGGGCAGCUCAAAUCGGUACACAGCUGCUUUACAUUCGGUGCUGAUCGCGAUUUUCUUGUGAAUGACAUUCGUGUCAAGCCAGAUCUUGAUGCGCAUGGUGCUCUUGGAGAUGCUGGGUGGUAUUGCAUCAGGUCAAUUCUAUGGGCUGUUGACUAUGAGUUGCCGAAAACAGUAAUAGCCUUGCGUGGGCCUGUGUUUAAUGAAGUGGGAGUGAUUUUGUCUUGUGGUGCUUCUUUAUCUUGGGAAGAUGGGAAAGUGGCCACCUUUCACUGCUCUUUCUUGUCAAAUUUGACCAUGGAUGUAACUGCUGUUGGGACUAAGGGAACCUUACACCUUCAUGAUUUUGUCAUUCCUUUUGAAGAAAAGGAGGCCUCUUUUUCUGCAGGUUCAGAGUUAGCGUUCAAUGAACUUGUGACAGCAUGGGUACGACGGCUAAGUAAGCACACUAUUGGAACAGAUCUUCCUCAGGAGGCUCUCAUGGUGAGAGAAUUUGCCCGCCUGGUAGAAAAUAUCAAAGCAAAGGGUUUGAAACCUGAGAAGAAGUGGCCAACCAUCAGUAGGAAGACACAACUACUAUUGGAUGCAGUCAAGGCAUCGAUUGAGAGAGGUUUUGAGACUGUUGAGGUUGGGAAUUGAUGAUUGACAUGCCUUUGUAUCAGGUGGUUUCUCAUUGAGCUUGUCUGCUGUUAUUACAUGUCAAAUAAGGCCAGUGUCUGCUAUCUACUUAAAACAUAUUCAUGUUUUCUGAUUUCUGUUUAUGUGUAUUCAAGAUUUCGUUGUUAAUUGGAUAUUGUGACUUCAUUAUUGCUUGUUUCACGUUGAAUGAGUAAAUAUGUGAACAAGUGAAAACUUGAUGGAA